AUGGGUCCUCCUCUGGUUUCUUUCGUGGACUUGCCGAUCACCCCCGUCAGAGCAGCCGUAAGCACAGGGCAGGCUGCAGAGAGACGGGGCGGCUGGGCGGGGGCGCACAGGUGCCCGAGGCGAGCAAGAAGGGAAGCAGAGUCGCUGUCGUCGUCGUCCUCGGAGGAGGAGGAGGCAACGGGAGGGCUGCCUUCGGAGAUCCCGCCCCUGGAACGGGCUGGCUGGGCUUCGGGAGAGAAGAAAGCGCGUGGACGAGGAGAGGAGAGGAGAGAAGAGCACGCUCGGCGCUGGAGAGCCGGAGACGGAGCGGGGCAGGUCGCCUGGCGGAGGAGCGAAGUGAGCGGGACGGUACCUGCAGAAGGUGGCCGGAAGGCAGCCGGGGCUUGGGAGCCCGAAACAGAAGGGGCGAGAAGAGGCUCCGGAGGCAGGCAGGCAGGCAGCGAAGGCAGGCAGGCAGGCAGGGCAGGAGGUGCCGCCGGCGGAGCAACGGCGGGUCCCCAGCUGGGGCGCUCGCGGGGCAACUUCGAUGUUGGAGUCCCGGAGCAGCGACCCGCGCUGGCGAACCCUUCCAGGCGGCGUAGCAGGGGAGCCCCGCUGAGGAACCGACGGGGGCAAACGCUACAACGGCGACAGCAGCAGCAGCAGCAGCAGCAGCAGCAGCAUGCCCUUUUCUUCCGGCUUCGACUGAGGCGGGAUGAGGACCCUCCCGUUCCAUCUGGGCAAGACGCUGAGGAGAAGGUUUCGCCUCCUGCUGCUCUUUGGGCUGCUGGCCGUGGGGCUCUGCGCAGCCUACCUGGAGCUGGUGGUGCUGGCCGACAGGGAUGGACACCCUCUGAACCGCAUCCAAAGGAUGACCUUGAGGUGCAUGCUGUCGAUUAGAUCUGUCAGCCACCCCUUUUCUGGGGCAACUGGGAACAGUGGCAAGGAUGG